UCUUCAAUGGGACGGCUGACAGCCUACUACUCCUCCUGCGAGUGUGACUGUUAAAUCGGUCGGCUCUAGGACCCGGGGAGAGCGGGCUGCCACAGAGGCAUUGCAGACAGCGCGUUUGGGAGGUGUAGUGGAAGAAAGGCAAGAGAAACGGAGUAAAUGAGAGCACUUUGUCCACAUUGUUGAAGGACUUAUCAACUUAAAAUACCGCCGAAACUGCUCACUAGAAUGAGACGGACACAUUGUUGAAUUCCUGUCCAGGUAAAUGUCCGCGUUUCCUUCGCAUGGUUAACUACAAGAGGUCGACAGCUAGACAGGGUAACCACCAUUGAGAAGGCGGCUAUAAACCCUAGGACCCCAUCUCCAGGCUCUUGCACAGGGCUGAGUGAAGGAAACUUGGGAAACAAAGUUGUGUCUCUCCCUGUGGGAAACCUGGAUCCUCCAUCCUGCCCACCAACAUGACCAAUGUGGUGAUCGUCAAGGAGGGAUGGCUGCAUAAAAGAGGAGAAUACAUCAAGACCUGGAGGCCGAGGUAUUUUCUCCUGAAGAGUGAUGGUACAUUCAUUGGCUACAAAGAGCGACCACAAGAUGUUGACCAGCUGGAAACCCCCUUAAAUAACUUCUCGGUAGCACAGUGCCAGCUGAUGAAGACGGAACGGCCCAAGCCCAACACAUUUAUCAUCCGCUGCCUGCAGUGGACCACUGUCAUCGAGCGCACUUUCCACGUGGAGACCCCCGAGGAGAGGGAAGAAUGGACCAAAGCCAUCCAGGCAGUGGCUGAAGGCCUACAGAAACAAGAGGAGGAGAUGAUGGACUCCUCUCCGGACCCCAUGGACAUGGAGGUCUACCUGACCAAACCCAGACUCAAAGUGACUAUGCACGACUUUGAAUACCUCAAACUCCUGGGAAAAGGCACUUUUGGCAAAGUUAUUCUGGUAAAGGAGAAGGCCACAGGACGCUACUACGCCAUGAAGAUCCUGAAGAAGGAGGUGAUCGUAGCAAAAGAUGAAGUGGCACACACACUCACAGAGAACAGAGUCCUCCAGAAUUCAAAGCAUCCGUUCUUGACAGGACUGAAAUACUCCUUCCAGACACAUGAUCGCCUGUGCUUUGUUAUGGAGUAUGCAAACGGCGGCGAGCUCUUCUUCCAUCUCUCGAGGGACCGGGUAUUCUCAGAGGAGCGGGCACGGUUCUACGGUGCGGAGAUAGUUUCGGCGCUGGACUACCUGCACGCUGAAAGAAACGUGGUUUAUCGAGAUUUAAAGCUGGAAAACCUCAUGCUGGACAAAGACGGACACAUAAAGAUCACAGAUUUUGGCCUGUGCAAGGAGGGGAUCAAAGAUGGCGCCACCAUGAAGACGUUCUGUGGGACACCAGAGUACCUUGCGCCCGAGGUACUUGAAGACAAUGAUUACGGCCGUGCUGUGGACUGGUGGGGUCUCGGCGUGGUGAUGUACGAGAUGAUGUGUGGCAGGCUGCCUUUCUACAACCAGGACCACGAGAAGCUGUUCGAGCUCAUCCUCAUGGAGGACAUCCGUUUCCCUCGGACACUCGGCCCUGAGGGACGCUCACUGCUCUCUGGUCUCCUGAAGAAAGACCCAAUGCAAAGGUUAGGGGGAGGGCCUGAUGACGCCAAGGAAAUCAUGCAGCACAAGUUCUUUGCUGGGAUCGAAUGGCAAGAUGUUUAUGAGAAGAAGCUGGUCCCGCCGUUUAAGCCCCAAGUUACCUCGGAGACGGACACGCGAUAUUUUGACGAGGAGUUCACAGCACAAACCAUCACUAUUACGCCACCCGGACAAGAUGACAGUAUGGAGUCCUUUGACAGCGAGCGGAGACCUCACUUCCCUCAGUUCUCCUACUCUGCCAGUGGGACGGCCUAAACGACUCUCAAACAUUCCUCUGGUCCCACCAUCUCCCCUCACCCGACCCGACUGCACUCUCGAAAAAAAGACGGGCACCGCAGCCCCCGUCCUCCCAGCAUUGUCUGCGCACGCUGUCGAUGGAUGCAACCGUCACAAAUCUGCAAGUUGUGUUUUACAGGAAGGAGGAAAUGCAAGAUAAAACAAAGAUAACUGUGGCUGCUCUGUGUGGCCUUUGAAGACUGACCACAGAGAUAACACUACCCUGCAUUUCCUGGUUGUUAUGUUGUAUACAGAGCAGGCACCCAUACACCAUAAUGAAUGGGGAAAUGUAGUCAUGUUAUGCACAAAUUAGGCCACUGCUAUAAAACCAUGAAUCAUGAAAAGGGUCAUUUAUAUUGAACAUAUACAAUGAAAUACAAGUCAACCAUUUCAAAUAGAGAGUAGGCAUGCUGUGGACCAAAAAAAAAAAAAGAGAAAAAAAAAUCAUGUGAGCAGAGAGUGUGUUGUUUGUUGAGUGGGUGAUAAAUCCAUGUUUUCCCGAGUCCGUUCAGACAUUUUUUUGGCUUCAUAAGUGAAUGUACCGUAUCAAAUAAAGUCAAUCUUCCUGCAUACUCAUGAGUUGUAACACAUGGCUAAUUCUCCUGAGACUGAAAUGCCAUCUUCUGGAAAGGUUUUUUUUUUUCGUUUUUUAAUCACCUUCCUUCUACCCCGAUACGAAACUGACACUAGUCGGUCCGUUGUAUUAUCAUGUCACACCGUGUUGGGUCUGAUAGGUCAGGUGUGCAUUACAGUCUGGUAUGAGGAAUGGCAGACAUGCAAAGAAUGCACCGACGUUAUUAAUCAUUAAGGCGUACGCCCGCCUGCAGUGGAUUCCUUUUGUUACUGUUUGCACAUUGAGAGACCCUCAGUUUCCUGUUCAGGAUAAUAAAUAGCCUCUCCAGCUUCCCCCCCUGAAGUAAGUGCUUAUAGUUCCUGAUGCCUUUUUUUUUAUCUCGAUGCUGUUCUGCAGACACCUCUCAGUUUCCCUCUGAUCGGGUCCUCUCGGUAUGACCCAUCAGAAACUCUUUCUCUCCUUUGGGUUUUUCCUCCAUGUACAGUACACUAUUGGGUGUUUUCCACCCAGUGCAUUCACUGCAGCCUCAAUGAGGUCUCUUUAACAUAAUACACUUCUUUCGGAAUACUUCGCAAGCAAACUGGGCUUCAGGGGAAAACACACAAAGAGUCAUCUUUGAUUUGCUACUUUAGGGGACUUCUAUCCCUUCACGAGCUUCUGAGUUAUUUAUAUGAGACCAGCAUUGAUUAAAAAUGAGUUUUACUGUGCCAAUGAUAUGCACUUUGCUGCCCCAAAAAUGAUUGUAUUUGGACUCUGUUUUGUACUUUAUGGUUGGUAAAGACUAAAUUAGCUUUUUUUUUUUUUUUUUUUUUUUUUUUUUUUUUUUUUUGUAAUAUGAAUUCAAAUGUUGUGCAUUGAAAUAAAACCCAAUUUGCUUGUUUGGAUGAUUUCUCCCCCUUUUUAAAGUCGGCUGAGGCUAAACUGAGACUGUUUGGAAGUGAAACUCUUCUUUCAACGUGCGCUCGAGAGUUUCCAAAAGCACUUCGAUAUUUUUAAGAUGACAGAUAAUCAUUUUUUUUUUCCUUCAAAAAGUGCAUAAUACCUUAUUGAAUGUAAUGGUUUUUAUGAUAUUGUUUUCUCUUCAAUCGUUUUGCAGACUUUUGUUCGGUCUUUGAAUCUGUUUGUUACUUAUUCCUAUGCACUCUCACCCUUUUGCUGUCACCUUCUGAAAAUAGGGAAAUUCAUUUUAUACUUUUUUUUUUUUUGUACCCGCCCUCCCGUAUUCCCUGAGACCUGAGGACACCAGCUUUAGUAAACAAAUAAUAUAAACUUUGUACACUGUUUUUACAUGUUUCUUUCAAAUUGAUGAAAUAAAAGGUCUUAACAACG